AUGCGUCCAAUCCUACUUUCCUUAUUGGCGUCUUCAACAGCUAUCGCCUCUGCCUAUCAACCUCUGAUGUCAGAUGGAUGUAUACAAGGAAAUUUCCAUGAUCUUGUAAUCAGGAACACCUGUGGAGAUGAUUUAUCAAUUGUCAAAUGCCUUGCAGAAGAUGUCGAUUUAAGGCACUUGGAUCAAAUUGAACAAUGCUUCAUAGCUGGUGGAUGCGAUGCGAUCGAUUCUACUGUGUCAGCAGUAUGGUUUUCAUACGAAUGUAAUGAUCGUCAAGGACCGGUUGAAGAGUUUGCAAAAGAGGAUCUAAGAAAGAGAGCCACCGAGACUAGUUCAACUUCUGAAAGUACGACGGAAUCCACUACGACAACGGCUUCAUCCUCGAGUACAACCGCUGCCACAACCACAACCUCCGCAUCUACAACCGCAUCUACAACUGCUUCGACUUCAGCCUCUUCGAGCUCUGCAGCUUCGUCCACGACUGCUACAACCGCAAGUGCCACUACCUCUACCACCGCAAGCACAACUUCUUCCUCGACAUCCGGUACGACUACUAGCGCGACAAGUAGUGGAACCGGAACUUCUUCAAGCACACUAGUCUGUUCUACAACCUCAUAUUAUUCCACAAGUGUAUGCUCCUAUGGUACAGGUGCAUCCACUGGUGUUACCCUUGGAUGUGUCACUACCUCAGCCUCAUCUUCAACUUGUGCGGCAGGAGUACUUUGUACAACUGUAGCAUCUGGAGAAGAUGUCUGUAUGAAAAUUGACAAUACACUUACAUCAUCUGGCUUAGCAGUUACAAUUUUUUUCGCAGUUUCAAUUAGUGCUUUCGUUAUUGGACUUAUAGUAAUUGGAUGCAAAGAUCUUCAAGCCGCCACCAACUUCGAGCGGCUCGUUUGGCACAAUUGGAUGCAGAAAGCAAAGAGGCAAUGCAAGCAUAUAACCAAAAGAGAUCCAAAUCGGUCCGACAACCAGAUGCUUUUGGACAUUCUGAGGCUGAUUUACCUUUGA